UACACUCUGCUGCCUGGAUACUUCAUACCAUGUGUAUGUUAGUAAUCAGCAGUGCCUGGUCAGCACAGACUCUUAGGCAGGAACUGACUACGCAUGCUCUCUGGGACCCUCUGUCCCCUCUGUACCUGUCCUGCACCCACUAUCCAAAAAGGAAUUAAUGGGAGAGUCUGGUGCCAGCAGCAGGCCGCGUCGCCUAUUCUGGAGACUGCGCCAACGAUGGAAGCUCCUAGGUCUCUUUGAGAUUGACAAGGAACAUGAGUUUUACCCCCUUACUCUAGAUCUGAAGGAGGGCCUGAGAGAGGCCGUUCAGGAUGCCAUCCGCAGCGAUGCCAAGGCCUCGCUCACAGAUGAUGAUUACAGAGCGAAACUGACACAAGCUCACGAGGGAUUCGUGAUGAGGACCUACGCGGGCCCUGUUUUCUCUCAAUUUCGCCAUUCUCUGGGGUUGUCUGAGGAGGGUUACCAGCGUUCGUUGGCAUCUUGCAGCUGCUAUCUACAGUUCAUUAGCAAUUCCAAGAGCAAAGCGGACUUCUUCCUCACGAACGACAAGCGUUUUUUUCUCAAGACACAGAGUAAGAGAGAAGCGCACUUCAUGCUGGAAAUUCUACAGAAAUAUAUGCAGCACUUUCAGGCGUAUCCGCACUCCCUGCUCGUUAAGAUCCUUGGUGUUUACAGCAUCACUCGGGCACAGGAGAAAAAGAAAUAUUUUAUCAUUAUGCAAAGUGUGUUCUUCCCGGAUGAGAGAAUCAUAGGACGGUAUGAUAUUAAAGGGUGCCACGUUAGCCGCUGGACCGAGCCAGAACCAGAGGGGAGCAGGCUGCUGCAAGUUUUUAAGGCAGAAUUUGAAGGAAACGUCGUAUGCGUAGGUGAGUCUGCUGGGGCCUAGUGUGACGUUUAAAAUUACAACAGUGACACUGUAGCAUAAUAAACAAAGAUCUAUUGCAAAGCACAGCUCAACCUUAAUGUUUUUUUUGAUAAAUGGAUGCUUUGAAGGUGGGGAGAGCUUUGCGUGAGCUCCUUCCUGUUUGUAGAGUCAUUGACUUGAUCCAAAAAAAAACAAUUACAACUGCAACAACUUUGGAAACACACUCAAACAUGGUUAAAGGGAUAUAAAACAGUUUUAAACUUAAUUUAUGAAGUGCCAUUACUUUCUGUCAGAGCCCUACAAGGGGGCUGGGUUCUCUUUAGGAAGGCAAAUCUAGCUUGAUGUCAUAAUUCAUCUAGAGUAACUUGAGCUGGCUUAGUGUUUAGUGAAUACUAGAGAAACAGGAAGUCUGUUUUGCCCAUGCUCAGAAGAGGUCAGAAUGCAUCUUGAGUUCUCAACAUGUCAGCUUCCUCAUCAACCUGAGGGCAGUGGCUACAGCGAUUCAUUUUGCAAGAAAACAAGUCAAUUGUUUGCUGUUUUUUGUUUCUUUUUAUGUUUACUUAGAUUUAACAUAUUUGUUUUUACUAAAUGAGUAUUGCUUCAAUUCCUUACUGUAAAUGUAUGUCAGCGUAAAAUAUUGCAUGUCUGAUUUAAAGCUGUGACUGAUUUAAAGCUGUAAUUAUCCAGCAACUUUUAAAGCAUUUCAGAUUCUACACCUUGCACUUGUUGAAAUGUGUUGCCUUUGUCAGGAGGGAUUUGUUGACUAUUUACCAAUUCUUUUGUAUGCUUAGCUGACAUGUUAAAGUGAUUGCAAACUAGGUUGUUAUUAAAGGGAUAUGGACCCCAACAUAGUUUCUUUCAUGAUUCCGAUAGAGGGGCCUAUCUAUCAAGCUCUGAACGGUCUAAAGACCGCUGCUCCAUAACCCUGUUCGCCUGCUCUGAGCAGGUGGACAGACAUCGCCGGAAUUCAACCGAUCGAGUAGAUUGACACCCCCCUGCUGGUGGCUGAUUGGCCGCGAGUCUGCAGGGGGCGGCGUUGCACCAGCAGCUCACAAGAGCUGUUGGUGCAAUGUUGAAUACGGAGAGCGUAUUGCUCUCCGCAUUCAGCGAUGUCUGACGGACCUGAUCCGCACUGUCGAAUCAGGUCCGACAGACAUUUGAUAAAUAGGCCUCAAGAAUACAAUC